UCGUAGUUAAUCAAUAUCAAUAAUCCUUCCAACUAUACAAAACAUGGCAUCCCAAAAUCAAAAACUCCAUUUUGUAUUAUUCCCAAUGAUGGCACAAGGCCACAUGAUUCCUAUGAUAGAUAUUGCAAAAAUCUUAGCACAACAUAACAAUGUUAAUGUUACAAUAGUAACCACACCACAAAAUGCAUCACGUUACACAUCAACCAUAGCACGUUAUAUUGAAUCUGGUUUACACAUUCAAUUAAUUCAACUUCAAUUUCCAUCUAAAGAGUUUGGAUUACCAGAAGGGUGUGAGAAUCUUGACAUGCUACCAUCACUUGGUAUAGCAACAGAUUUCUUCAAUGCAUCAAGAUUUCUAAAACAAGAAGCUGAAAAGUUAUGUGAAGAGUUAACACCACCACCAAGUUGCAUAAUUUCAGAUAUGUGUUUGCCAUAUACAAUUCACAUAGCUAGAAAAUUCAAUAUUCCAAGAAUUUCUUUUGUUGGAGCAAGUUGCUUAUAUCUCUUGGCUAUGCAUAAUAUACAUGCUAACAAUUUGUUUCAAAUUAUGGCUAAUAAAGAAAAUGAGUACUUUGAUUUGCCUGGUAUUUCUGAAAAAAUUGAAAUAACUAUAGCACAAACAAAACUAGGAUUAAAGGGUGAAGCUUGGAAUCAAUUUAAUAUUGAUUUGGGUGAAGCUGAAAUGGGUUCUUAUGGAGUAAUAGUGAAUUCUUUUGAAGAGUUAGAGCCAUCAUUUGUGAAAGAUUAUAAAAAAGUAAACAAUGAUAAAGUUUGGUGUAUUGGUCCUGUUUCACUUAGUAACACUGAUUACUUGGACAAGGGGCAAAGAGGUAAUAAUAAAAAUGGAAUAAUUGAUGAAUGGAAGCACAUGAAGUGGCUUGAUUCUCAAAAGCAAGGGAGUGUUAUUUAUGUAAGCCUUGGAAGUUUAUGCAAUAUAACAUCAAAACAAAUGAUAGAGCUUGGUUUAGCAUUAGAAGCUACAAAAAGACCUUUUAUUUGGGUUAUUAGAGAUGGAAAUCAAUUAGAAGCAUUGGAAAAAUGGGUUGAGGAAAGUGGAUUUGAGGGGAGAAUUAAUGGUAGAGGAUUAUUAAUUAAGAGUUGGGCACCUCAGUUAUUGAUAUUGUCACAUCGUUCAACCGGGGGAUUCUUGACACACUGUGGUUGGAAUUCUACUAUUGAAGCGAUAUGUGCCGGUGUUCCAAUGGUUACAUGGCCACUUUUUGCCGAUCAAUUUUUGAAUGAGACUUUAGCUGUGCAAAUAUUGAAAGUUGGUGUGAAAAUUGGGGUGGAGAUACCUCUGAAAUGGGGUGAGGAAGAAGAAAGUAGUGUGUUGGUGAAGAAGGAAGAUAUCAUUAGAGGAAUUGAAAGAUUAAUGGAUGAGACAAGUGAAAGUGAAGAUAGAAGAAAAAAGAUUAGAGAGCUUGCUAAUAUGGCUAAAAAGGCUGUAGAAAAAGAUGGAUCUUCUAAUUCUAAUGUUACUUUGUUCAUCCAAGAUAUCAUACAAAAAAAUAAAGAUAUGAUUCAAGGAACAGGAACAGAGGAGUUGGAGGAAAUUGAGGUGAAAAUGUAUGAUGCUGAAAUAAAGUCAAAUGGUGCAAUCAUAAACACUUGUGAGGAGUUGGAUAAGGUUUGUAGUGUUGGCAAAGAGAGCUUUUAAAAUUGUGAUCAUGUGAUCUUAAUUUGUUUUAUUUUUCUAUUAUUGCAUAAUGUGUACACUGCAAGCAUGAAGUUAUGUUAUAAAUGCUUGAAGAGGCUAUUGAAUUCAUACUUUUUUGUAACAAGAAAGUGCUAUAUGUGAACACUUCAUUUUGCUUAUAUGUUUAAAAUUUUAAAUCCCAAGAUGCAAAGCUAUAAACUUUGUAUAAUUGUUUCCAACAGAGCCGGCCGGCCUGCACACAUGUGCGAGAAGUGUGACGGAAUCGGGCCUCAAAAUUUUGAGGGACUCAACUCAAAAUUUUG